GAACGCCUCUUGAAUAGUGCAGAGACCUUCGGUUGGCGCGGAACUAAAUACGGAUUGGCUCGUGAUCGGUUCCCUUUUGGUGAAACUUGGUGAAAAUAGUGCACGGUUCUAUUGUCGGGCCGCAAUAUCGUUGACAUCCAAAGGACAUUCGAAAGGACUGAAUUUAUAAGUGCGAAACCAAAAGGAAAAACCAAACCCCAUACCAGUGCUACAAAUUCAAAUGCAAAUAUAACAACUUGCCUUCGGUGUCUCUUGCAAUCGGCUUUAAAUCUUAACUGUGAGAAAAUGCUACUCAAGGCGCUUUUUCUCGUAUUUCUGUCAUUGAUGGGACCACCGUUACUGGCCAACGCCUCCAAAGAUCCACUCUUCGGUUAUGCUCCGGAAUACGGUCAUCCUUCCUAUUCCUUCAGUUAUGGUGUCAAGGAUCUUCACAGUGGAGACGUCAAAUCACAGUGGGAAACGCGUGAUGAUGGCAUCGUAAAAGGACACUACAGUGUGGUCGAACCUGACGGCUCGAUUCGAGAAGUCGAUUACACCGCCGACUCAAAAACCGGUUUCAAUGCGGUAGUUAAGACCCAUGGACCGAACGCACAUCCCAUUCACGAUGAACACGACCAGUACCACUACGAUGAGCACCAUUCCCAAUCGAAGAUCAACCAUUUCAGCAAAAAUCAGGAUCACCUUAUCCUGAGCUCGGAUGUUCCGCAGCAUGAAAAGCCCAUUGCCGAGCUCAGUGAAAAGAAACGACCGACUCCUUCCAUUUUGGAGUUGAAACCUCAUGUCAACUUUGAAACUGGCUUCGAAGGAUAUCGUCCUCGUCCACAAAAAUACUAUGGGGGAAAGGAAGAGUUCUUCUCGAAAGAAUUCGAUCCAACGAAAGACAGCCUACGACCGACUCUCAAAAUAGAAGAAGUUCAGGCUCCAGACCUAUCGAAAAUGAAACCAAUUUCUCCAUCGGUUGACUUUUCAAAACUAGGAGAGGCAGAACUAGGCUCGUACUACAAGAAAGAUGUGAUCUACCAACCAUACGCCCAGUACAACAAUCAAAUUUCCCACCCGGUUUCAACGCUCCAAAAAACCAAAUACGGUGGCUCUCGUCCAUCGAGCAAUCCCAAAAAGAACCUCCUAAAACCGUACUCAACUCCAGGUCUCAAGCACUUUACAACACCCAAAGUAUAUCAGUUUAAGGCUCGGGGAGGCCCACCACGACCCGAAUAUUCCCACUACUUCGGGCCCCCAACUCCCGGAAGGCGACAAUCUCGUACCGGACCAGUGCUUUUCCCGAGCGUCGAACAGAUGGCGGCCUCCGAGAAGAUGGUCCAGGCCAUGAUCGAACAGCAACAGCAGCAGCAGAGGCGUGCUCCCGUGUACGCCAACAACUACUCGUGAUUCUUUUUCAGCGAGCCAUUUGUGAUCAACCCUUAUCCUUUGUGCAAUACUCUGGCGAUCAGUUGAUUAAAAAUUGGUCCGAAUUACCUGGUUAACUGUAAGGUGCUGUGGGAGGAUGAUCAACUACGUCCCAGCUACAGCUAUUAUUUAUAAUUCUUUCUUCCAAUCACUACUGCUAUUCCAUUUUUGAACAAGCUGCAAAUUAUAACACAGUUUUUUGUGAUCAUUAGGUAGCGACCAUCAUUUUUCUUUAGUUUAGAGAAAUUAGGUUGUGCAUAGUUACGUUAGCUAUUGGAAUAAAACAAAGUACUACUUCU